UGAUGGGCUCCGUCCUGCUGACCCGGUAGUAGCGUACCUACCGGUGAACCAGAGGACUCUAACAUGGCCUGGAGGAGCUGCUCAGUCCUCUGCAGACUGAUCGGAGGAGACCCGUUUCUGUGCUCCGUGAAAGGAGGGAGGUGGCCCGGCGGCUUCCAGCAGCGCUGCAGCUUCAAGAAAGCGUCCAGAACGCCGGAACCAAAGCAGCCGGAGGGUCCAGGGCUGCAGAACCAGGCCCCAUGCCCGCCGCGGCCCCCGGCUGCCCCGCGGGCCUUCAGCCGCCUCGUCAGGCCCUUCCUCUUCACCGUGGGGUUCUCAGGCUGCUCCUUCGGCGCGGCGGCCAUCUGGCAGUACGAGUCGCUGAAGUCCCGAGUCCAGAGCUACUUCGACGAGCUGCAAGCUGAUUGGCUGCAGAAGCUGCGGCCUCAGAAACGAGGAGACGUCCGCAAGGAGAUCAACCAAUGGUGGAACAGCCUGACGGAAGGCCAGAAGACGGUGGCAGGGAUCAUCGUUGCCAACGUCUUGGUGUUCUGCGCCUGGCCGCUGGUGCCGCUGCCCAUCAUGCUCCGCUACUUCACCUCCAACCCCGCCUCCUCGGCCCUGUGUGUCCCCAUGCUGCUGUCCACCUUCAGCCACAUGUCCCUGUUCCACCUGGCGGCCAACAUGUACGUCCUGUGGAGUUUCUCCAGCAGCGCCGUCUCCAUGUUGGGCAGGGAACAGUUCCUGGCCGUCUACCUGUCCGCCGCCGUCACCUCCUCCUUCUCCAGCUACCUGUGGAAGACGGCCACAGGUCGCUACGGCCCGUCUGUCGGAGCGUCCGGCGCCAUUAUGGCCGUCCUCGCCCUCGUUUGCACCAAGAUGCCUGAAGCCAAGCUGGCCAUCAUCUUCCUGCCCAUGUUCACCUUCACCGCCGCCAACGCCCUGAAGGCCAUCGUUGCCAUGGAUACGGCCGGCCUACUACUGGGAUGGAGGUUCUUCGACCACGCCGCGCAUGUGGGAGGAGCUCUGUUCGGGAUAUGGUACAUCCUGUUUGGACACGAGCUGAUCUGGAAGAACCGCGAGCCGUUUGUCAAGCUGUGGCACGACCUGCGGACCCGGAGCGGCGGCGGGCCGGGCGGGCCGGGCGGCGCCGUCUAGGGACCACAACCGGGACUGGACUGUAGAAUCAUGUAAAGUUGUAUAAAUGUACAGCCAGCGCUCCACAUUGGGAACCUGUGCGUCCGUCUUCUGGGUUCAGAUGGAUCAGAACCACUGCUGGUCGGGUUCUGAUCUGGUAUUUCUUCAACCGGAUCAUGUCCGACUCGGCUAAACGGCUAAACAUAAACUCCAGGUUUUGAUGUUUUUUAGUAAAAAGUCAGAUUUCUAAUUUUCUUUGUUUGUCGAGCUGAAGAAGAGUCAGCCAAUGAGAGGAGGCGGAGGAGCAGCGAUCUGAUUGGCCGGAGCUCCAUGGCUCUUUAUUUAUCUCUGUCAAAUAAAUCUAUAACAUUUCCAGAACAUGUUCCGACGAUGUCACUGCGCCCUCUGCUGGGCUCGUUAUGAACAAAAGAAACCUUUAUUUUUGUAAUAACUACAUUGUUUAUGAGAUUAGCUAAAGCUGUUAUCAGACUGAUGGGACACACUAAUUUAUAACAUAUUUACUCACAUCUGAUUAUCCAACACACACACACACACACAUUGUUUAUUUUGAUCACAAAACGCGAUUAGAUCAUAAUUAUGCUUAUUUUUGUUUUCUUUCAACCAUAUACUAUUUUUAUGAUCAUAAUGAAAUACAAAAAGAAAUAAAAAUUAGUUGAUGGCA